AUGGUAGUUGUGAUAGUGUUCAUUAACAGGUCCCUGCAGGCAGUGAGCGACACCCCCGUGCUGUCGGGGUCGGAGGGUCCCCUCUACCCGGGGGUCUCGGCCUUCCUGGGGGACCCCGCCUGGACCCUGGCCCAGUCCCCCUACAGCUGCGGGCCCCCCUCGUGGACGGCCCUCGCCAGCCCCCACCCUCUCACACAGCUGCACGGCUCGCUGCCGGACGGCGGCGACCCCACGCUGGGCCUCCACCUGGGAGCCUUCCACUCGUUCGAGGCGUCGCUGCUCCAGGAGCAGAUCGUCUUCCCGGCCGCCGCGACCUCGACGGCACCGCCGCCGACGUCUUCCUCAUCGACGUCGUCGUCGGCGGCGUCGCCGGCGGCGUCGUCGUUAGCGGAGCAACGCCACCGCCGCCGCUACCCCACCACCACCAUCAUCAACAUCAACAACAACAGCAGCAGCAUCAGCAUCAUCAUCACCACCAUCAUCAACGGCACGCGCCACAACCGCACUCCGGGGGGGGCCGUCGAGCAAUUUGGGAACAUCAUCGUCGCGACCGUCACAGCCACCAGCUCGCCACCGCCGCAACCGCCGCCCUUCUACUACCACCACCACCACCACCGUCACGAUGACGACGACGACGAGCGCGCCGGGUCGCCGUGCACCUCGUCCGGACGCCGAAGCCCCGGGCACCGCGGCUCCCCGGGGCCGCCCGCCGCGCUGGACGCGCGUCCUCCCCCGGCGGCGGCGGCGUCGUCGUCCCCGACGCCGUACGCCACCGUGUGCUACUACCCGCAGCGGCUGCUGCCCGCCGGCUCGCAACAGCAGCAGCAGCAACAGCAACAACAGCAGCAACAACAGCAGCAGCAACAGCAGCUGCUGCUGUCCGACUCUCAGCUGCGAAGCCUCAACGGAGCCGAAGCGUCCCAGCGGCACCCGGGUCGAGAGCCGCGUGCCCCGCGUCGCCCCCGUCUCUACGAGUUCCUGCUGGAGGCGCUGUCCGACCCCGCCAUGCGUCACGCCGUGCGCUGGGUGAGUAUCCACGAGGGAGUGUUCGCCUUCUCGUCGCGGCACAAGGAGGAGCUGGCUCAGGCGUGGGGGCACCGGAAGGGCAACCGCAAGGCGAUGACGUACCAGAAGAUGGCGCGCGCGCUGCGCAACUACAGCAAGACGGGACGCGUGCGCAAAGUGAAGCGGAAGCUCACCUACCAGUUCGGGCCCGAGGCGCUCUGCUAAAGGGGGGGGGAAGGGGAGGGGGGCAGCGUUGCCCCCCACCCCACCCAACAA